GAUGACUUCAGAAAAAAGAAAUAUUUUGACUGUGGAAGAGUUACCAAUUUAUGCAACGAAGGUGGCAGACUUUCAUGACUCUUAUUUAACGGAACGUAAACCUGUUUUUGGUGAAGAAUAUUUUCGACAACUCCGAGUUGCUACAAAUAACUUUUUUGGAAUUCCGGAGUUGAACUUGAGUAAAGUUACAAAGACUUUGGAACCAGUAAAGGAUGUGGCUAGUGCUACCGAAGAUUUCAUUCGAAAGGAAAAUACUGAAUUAUUUCCAAAAUUGGCAGCUAUAUCUUUGGGUGGAAUGGGAGGAUAUGUUUAUGGAAGAAGGAAAGGAUUUAUUAAAAAAUAUUUUUAUACUUCUAUUGGACUACUUGUAAUGACUGCUUUUUGUUAUCCAAAUGAAACAAUUAGAGUUGUUAGAACGGGUUUUGAACAUUCAAAGAUGACUUGGGAGGAGUUUAAGAAAUGUGAGUUUUUAAUUUUUAACGGGCGCGGUAGUUCGACAUCUGCGGCCUAA